UCAGGGAAGUUACCAUGCCGCUUCUAAAGAUGGGAACGUAUGUGUUCAGAACAUUUUCUGAAGAGAGCAUACUUUUCAGAAAAGAAUGAAAGGCUAUUCAAUUGCCAGGGAUGAAGGCCUCUUUACCUGGCCAUAUGCUUGAGGAAGAGAAGGAGGGAGGAAAUGAACAAAAGGAGGAAAAGAGACUGCAGAGGAGAGUAAACACAGUCUGGAGGUUGGAAAUGGCACCUCUGUUCAGCUGGAUGACUAAGGUUCCAGAGAUCAUUAGUAACAUCAGACAAGCCGGAAAAACUGCUCGUCAGGAAGAAGUGAGACCACGGCUAGCUGAUCCAGAUGACACAUUUGCCAAAAAGUUUGAAGUUUUGUUUUGUGGCUGUGUUUCCGUAGCUCACAGGAAAGCCCCUCCAGCACUGAUAGAUGAAUGUAUAGAAAAAUUCAACCACCUUUGUGCCAAGAAAUCAGAGAAUGCAGUCCUAGAACAACCUGGGAUAUCAGAUUCAUUGAAAACUUCACAUUCAAUGGAUAAUUGUACAUUACUAGAUGGUAAAUUGCACAGUAUGAAACUGAACCCAGACUCUUCUUUUCCAAGUGGUUCUGCAACAGUACUGUUUAAUAAUGAUUUGCAGGAUGAUAGCAGCAGCUCUGCGAGUUCUGUAGAUGAUGGCACUCCACCACAGGUCCGAAAACAUCAAAGAAGACGGCAUGUGUAUGUUCAGCCCACGGACAUUGAACAGAACAGGACCAUGUUGUUCACGGUUGGCCAGACUGAAAUCUAUCUCAUUAGUCCUGAUACAAAGAAAGUAGCAAUUGAAAAAAGCUUUAAGGAGAUUUCUUUCUGUUCCCAGGGUAUCAGGCAUGUAGAUCAUUUUGGGUUUAUCUGCAGAGAAACUCCAGAAAACAGAGGCUGUCAGUUUGUCUGUUACGUCUUCCAAUGUGCCAGUGAAGCUCUGGUUGAUGAAAUAAUGAUGACACUGAAGCAAGCUUUCACGGUAGCUGCAAAUCUCCAAACUCCCAAAGUUCAAGUGCCAGUGUGUGAAAGCUGUCCCAUGCAACGCAUACAUAAACUAUGUGAACGAAUAGAAGGAUUGCAUCCUUCUAAAACAAAAUUAGAACUACAGAAACAUAUUGCAUCACUGGAUGUCAAACAGCAAACUUCAGUUUUUGAAGAAGUCCAGAGAAAAAAGCCAAAGACCGAGCAAGAAGAAAAUGAAAUCGUCAUGUUUAUGUUGCGUCAUCUGUAUGAAGAGAAGCAGAAGAGUCAUGUACAUAAUGAGGAGGGAAAACAGACUUCACAAAACUGCACAGAAAAGGGCACAGGUGACUUACAGAACAGUGCCACAAGGGUAAAACUUGAACAGUUAAAGAGUAAAGCAAAAAAGUCCUUAGCAGAAUCUCUUGAAAAUAUUUUAUCUCGGAGCAACAAGCUUAAAGGCCAGCAAGAAAGCGUGGAUUCAACUGACUCUGAAAGUAUGUUUUCUAAUACAUUAAACAGUGUUAGCAAGGAGUCAUUAGAUUGUGAUUCCAGCAGUCAGUCUCCACAAGAAAGCCCAACAAAGACUAGUGAUUCUGUCUUAGAAGUUUUAAAGGACCUUGACAGCACCAGUUUAGAAUCUCCUAAACAAGGAUUUAGAAGGCGCGCAAAUACCUUGAGUGAUUUUCCAACCGAUUCAGAACAGCCAUUGGAAGCACUGGUGGAAUCCUCACCAGUUGUACACCGUAGGCUAAUGAGGUAUCACUCUGUGAGCACAGACAGCAAUGUGGAACCCCCUUCAAGUCAUAGGGCCAGCAGUACAAGUGUGAGAAACCGGCGCCACUCAUGGAGGCAACAGAUCUUCCUUCGUGUAGCAACACCACCUAAAGGAUGUGACUCCACUGAUCGAUCGGAACUAGAUCUUCCACCCAGAUCACCAUUACUGACAGUUAGUGAAGAUGGGCCUGGGGCUGUGGAGAGGAAACGUUCUUCAAAAGAACUACGAGAGUUGUGGCAGAAAGCUAUAAAGCAGCAGAUUCUGCUUCUCAGGAUGGAAAAAGAAAACCAAAAAUUGCUAGCUUCUGAAAAUGACUUGUUGAAUAAACGUUUGAAACUGGAUUAUGAGGAAAUCACACCAUGUCUUAAGGAUGUGACGCUUGUAUGGGAAAAAAUGUUAAAUGCACCUGGAAGAGCAAAGGUGAAGUUUGACCUGGAGGAGAUCCAUGCUGCUGUAGGACAAGGUGUGCCUCGACAUCACCGUGGUGAAAUAUGGAAACUGUUAGCAGAACAGUAUCAGCUAAGGCAUCCUUCGACAAGUAAACAGCCAAAGGACACACCCUAUAAGGAACUAUUGAAGCAGCUUACCUCACAGCAACAUGCCAUUCUUAUUGACCUAGGUCGCACUUUCCCAACCCACCCCUACUUCUCAACUCAGCUCGGAGCAGGACAGCUAUCACUUUAUAACCUCCUGAAGGCCUACUCCCUGCUGGAUCCUGAAGUGGGAUACUGCCAGGGUUUAAGUUUUAUCGCAGGGGUGCUGCUACUUCACAUGAGCGAAGAAGAUGCUUUUUCCAUGCUAAAGUUCCUCAUGUAUGAUAUGGGAUUGAGAAAGCAGUAUCGCCCUGACAUGAUCAUUUUACAGGUUCAGAUGUACCAGCUGUCUCGUCUGCUGCACGACUAUCACAGAGAUCUGUAUAAUCACCUGGAGGAAUAUGAGAUAGGACCAAGUCUCUAUGCAGCCCCAUGGUUUCUCACAGCAUUUGCUUCCCAGUUUCCACUUGGAUUUGUUGCCAGAGUAUUUGAUAUGUUGUUUCUCCAAGGACCAGAGGUCACUUUUAAAGUGGCUCUAAGUCUUCUUGGGAGUCACAAGCCCCUGAUUCUGCAGCAUGACAAUUUAGAGGCAAUUGUGGAUUUCAUCAAAAGUACUCUGCCAAAUCUUGGGCUGGUGCAAAUGGAAAAAACUAUCAAUCAGGUCUUUGAAAUGGACAUAUCUAAGCAGUUGCAGGCUUAUGAUGUUGAAUACCUUGUUCUUCAAGAGGAACUGAUUGACUCUUCCCCACCUCCGAAUGAUAACACAAGGAUAGAAAAGCUGGAAAAGACCAAUAAUACUUUACGAAAACAAAACCUUAAUCUUUUAGAAGAACUUCAGGCAGCUCAUGCAAAGAUUCGGAACCUUGAAACUACGAUAGAAAAUCUGCACAGCACUCAGGCAAAUUUAAAGCAGUGUAUUCGAACUUUAGAAUUAGAACGAUCAGCACUGUUGCACACAGUUAGUGAACUGCAAAAAAAUCAACAAUGCAACAGUCAAAGCAAUUCUGAGGACAAAACGUUGACUGCUGCAAAAGAAAACAAAGACAAAAGUGAUGGACAGUGAUUUCUACAGUGGCACAGAGUAAUGUAAAAGAAUAAACAUUCACUUUGUUUCUGUACGUAAACUGAUUCUACAGGAAUCUUUAUAUUAUGUACUUUAGGCACAGUCACCCAUUAAUUUUCAGUAGAGACAAACCAGUGUUUUCCAGAAAAGAAGGUUCAUUGAUUUUGUACACAAAAUGUUACUUUGCGGUGAAAGAAUAGCGGCUUGGAACAUAGGUAGCUAAAGAAUGCUUAUAUUCCAGCCAUUGGGUGAUGUGGCUGUAUUUCUUUCUGGAACAGUGAUGACAUGGGUGUAAGAGCAGACCAGUGCCACUGUAGGAGCAGCAAAGCUAGAAGAUGAUGAAUCACCUAAUGAGUUUUUGUUUUACAAGUGAAGAGUGCGAAUGUAAAUGAUUAUUGCUGUGUAAACUUAUAAUGGAGUCUAAAGUUCAUGCCGUAGCAUUUUGUAGUGGUCAGGAGACAUGCACGUUUACAUUAUUGUACACUGUGGUUGCAGAAGUCUCUUAGUGAAAGAUACAAGGUUUGUAUCCAGUUCUUCAUCAGUUUCAUUCAGAAAACUACUGCAGCUGUGUGUUUUUCCAGCAAGUUGGUGUAAUCUGGAAAAGGACAUCAGUAUGGUGACUGAGGACUAUAUAAUGGGUGAUACUUUUGCAAUCUAUGUUACUCCUGUAAUUCAUAAUAUAUGGUUAGUGAGCUCCUGAAGGAACAGUAAGCUGGCUUCAAAUGUUUCUGAGCAAUUAAUAUGGUUACUUUUUGGUAGCUAUAUCAGCUGACACGGUACUUAUCACAUGAUCGGGAGGUGUGAGUUAUCCCACCUACAUGGAGGGAACAUAUCUCAGAUUUUUCAAGCCAAGAAAGAUUUCUACAUCUGUUCUUGGUUUAUCAAUAUAAAGAAUUGCACGUUCAUGUAGGCCUUGGAUAAGUAGGAUUAUUUUUAUCUAAUCCUACUGAAAAAGAAACAAUGUAAAGAACUAUUUUAAGUCGUGUAAAUAAGUGUAUUGCGUGACAAAUAGCAGCCUAACUUAUCAGGAGAUUUUAUUAUCCAAAGUUAUUGCCAGAUAUUUGAUCAAACAGAGCUAGCUAGCUAUAGUCAGAAUAUAUAAAGCUGCUAGUUUCUAGUCUCUCUAAGAAGAGGCAAAGAGAACUGUAUGUUGUCGUAUCGAGAGUAAACAAUAGAUAGUACAGGGCUGCCUUUGUUUAGGGCUUAAAUGUUUCAGGUCAUUUAAUUAACAUUUUGGUUGGUUUCUGAUCCUUAUUAGGUACCUUUCAGAAGGUGAAAGUAGAGAGCAUGUUAUUGAAGUUACAUUGUGUUGAACAUUUUUGGCUGGAAGGAAACAGUAUGUGGCAUAAAUGAACAUUUUCAGCAGUUCUGUGGUAAUGCUUUGUGUGUGUAUGUGUGUUUUGAACAUUUUUGUAUUAUGUCAACAGUUCCAAGAUGAAAGUGGAAUCAAAACAUAUGCAGUUGAUCUCCCAUCUAAAAUGAUAAAACAUCUGAGGACAUUCUGGGUGUAAAUUCACUGAUAAAACUGGAUCACUUUGGCAGUCCUGGUGUUCUACUCAGAUUUUAAAAAGGCAGUAUAUUCAUAUUUAGAUAAAACUGAGGAAUCUGUUUAGAUAUCCUGUUUUAGCUUGUCAGAAAUAUGCAGAAGCAUUGUCUAUAUUGAAUUCAUCUGCUGUGUGCAUUCCAUUAAAAAUAUCCUGACGAGACCUUAAGUUCCCAGUCCCUCCACUGACCUUUAAAUGCAGAGAAUGUGAUGGAGAAAAUGUGGAGGCAGAAUGGGGUGUGAAUGGAGAAGAUGUAAACUAUCCCUCCCCAAGGAUGUAUAUUUCCUUUUAUGUCCACUAUUAAUGACAGACCAUUUCAGGUGGGAGAACUGAACAGCUUUCUGAAGAAAGGCAAUAGUUUCAUGAGUUUAUGAAAGUGUUCUUGUCUGUUCUUUUUAUUCUCUCCCUCUCAUUGCUGUGUAAAUAAAUUGAAAUUUUCUUAAGAAGAAAAUGUAUUUUGACAGUCUGAGGUUCCCUUGAACAUUUUAAUGCAUUGGACAGAUUUUAUCCUGUUAAUUAUUUCUCUAUACACUGGUUCAAACACCAAAUGCCUAACAUUGUCUUCUGAACUCUGUCUGCAGAGUCUUCCAGACUUCUCUCUGAAAGAAUCUGUCAGAAAAGUUUGUGUUACAAUUAGCAAAAACCUAUCCAGAAAGGGAGUCACUACAUACAAAUAUUACAACAAAUGAUGGCACUUAAUGUUAUAUAAGUAAACUCUUGUGUCUGAAUGGCCUAAUCAUAAAGCCAGGCAAGUGGAAAACAUAUAGGGAGUAGCCGCAACUCUGGUAGUUGUUAGAUUUCUGUGUUAGAAUUAAAUUCAUAUUUUUGGAUCUCAUUUCUCUUACUAGUGUGUAUCACUAAAAUUUUACUAAUCGUGGGACAUAUUUCUGCUGCUUUGAUAUAGGACUAAAUUAGGGCAUU